AUGGCCAACUGUCUGCGGAACGUUACGCGGAAGGGUCGCUCGUUGGUGGGUGGAAUAUUUUCACCCCGUUCGUUCGGUCCCGGUGCAAACGGGUGCGAUCUGCAUCGGGCCUGUGUAGCCGCUGCAACUACCAUUGCUGGAAAUAAUCGAUGCAAACCACCAGCUGGUGCAGUCACACCUGCAUUUGCAAUCGAUGCAUUUGAAAUGGACCGUAGCCGGAAGACGUUCUACGAACGAAAUGCUCAAUAUAGUGAUCGGUGCGAGCAGAUCGAGGUCCGAUAUUGCACCGAGUCAUCCGGCACUACAGCUGCAGGCAGUCAACCUAAAGACAACCAACCUUCCGAAGAACAGCUGCACCGAGUAUACCACGUGCUGUCGCAAACCUUGCCGAAACUAUUCGUGCAACCACUCGACUACUCUAUAUACAGUCCGAACUUAAUAUUCGAGAACAACAUUCGUGGUACAAGGACAGAAGGGCUAUACCAUUACGUAAAGCAAAUUGCACUAUUACGCACCGUGGGUCACUUAAAGUUUGCAUACGUUACCUUCGAAAUACUUAAAAUCACCAAACAUCCCGAGGAUAAUACCGUGAAGGUCCGAUGGCGCAUCAGAGGCAUUAGUGCCCUUAAGGUGAUGUUACAGUUUUGGAAGUAUAAGCUAUGGAAGCUGAAGGAAAUAUUCGACGAUCAGGAAGCCUGGUACGACGGCUUCUCGGUGCUAUACGUUGGGUCUGACGGAUUAGUGUCCAAGCAUGUAGUUGAUAAGAUUAUGCCGGAUGAUGAUACGGUAAAGGUCCCGCCGAAAACUAUUGUUUCACCAAAAUUGGCUUUAGUGGUUGGGCUAACUGCGGAAAUCUAUCCUGUUGUGAGUACGAUGAAUUAG